UUAAGAAUAUUAAAAUGUCAAAUUAAGAAAUUAGGGACAAUUAUUAAUUAUAAAAGUCAUCUUGCAAUCGUAUUUUGCAAUUACAGCUACGCAUUAUUAGGGCAGCAUUACAUUAAGGCAGAUAAAUAAUAUUAAGUCUUGGAGGAGAAUAGAACUAUAGAACAUUUGAACUACAGAUGACUACUAAGCUACUAGGAAAUUCAGAUUAAAUAUGAGUAAAAUAAAAAAAUGCGUUGGAAAAGAAGGUUUUCAGAGAAUUAAUUAUUUAUAUCAGGCGAGUAAUCUCUUAGCUACUGAAAAUGCAUCUUGUAGCAUAGCCUCAUCUUUAUAUUCCAAUUUACUUGUAAAUAUUUCAAAGAAAACUGUUCAAAGAAUAGGUAUCGAUAUCAAAAGAACUAUAUGUAAAGGAUGUAGAAGUUUAUUGUUGGCAGGAAUUACUUGUAAAGUUAGAAUAAAAAAGAAAAAAGUAAUUUGGAUGUGCCUAGAAUGUGGAACAGCAAAGACAUUUGAAACAGUAAAUAAAACAUAUAUGCCCUGGUCACAAAGCGAGGAAAGUAUUGUAGAAAUUCUGGAUUAUACCCCACAGGAAAAUAUACAAAGGAAACAUAUGAGUGACAGUCAUUAACUUUUAUAACAUCUGAUUGAACAGUUUGUAUCGUACAUUAUUCGUGUAAUUCCCAUGUAAGUUAUUUAGUUGAUUAUUACGUUUUUAAUAAAAAAAAAGACAAAGCA